CUUAUAAUCAGCCAACAGCUCUAAAAUAAGAGCAGAAUGCUGAAAAAGUCUCUCGCAAGUUGUUUACACAUAACACAGCGCCACAGCCACAGCAGCGAGACGUACGUUUCACAGUGUGGGUCAUUUUUGUGAAGACAGCAAAACAACAAACCCCUGUGCUCCUGUCACCUCACGGUGUGGUCCCACAGCAGCAGUCUGAAUCACAGCAGUGAAGGCAGGAGCCGGAGAACGUCCUCGGAUAACACUUGAGAAAAGGUAGAAAUAUCAGCAGCAAAAAUGGGAUGCUUUCAAUUCCUCAAAUUCAUGAUGUUUGCGUUCAACGGCAUCAUCUUCCUGGCAGGUGUUGCCAUCUUGGGUGUUGGGAUCUGGGUGAAGGUGGAUAGCGGUUCCGUCCUUAACUUUCUCGGGAAAAUUGACAACAUGCCAACAGAGCUAAGUCAGGUGCUCAAUGUGGGCUACCUGUUGAUUGCAGUAGGGAUCCUGCUGGUCAUCAUCGGCUUUCUAGGCUGCUGUGGAGCCAUGAAGGAGAGCAAGUGUAUGCUACUGCUGUUUUUUAUCAUAGUCUUGCUGAUCUUCAUAGCAGAGGUAGCAGGAGCAGUGGUUAUUUUGGUAUUCAGACCGCUGGCUGAGGAGCUGUUUAACAAGGUUGGCCAGGCAGCAGUGAGCAACAUCAAGCAGGACUAUGGGAACAAUACUGACGUCACAGGACUGUGGAAUUCGACAAUGAGCACGUUUAAAUGUUGUGGAUUCUACAACUCAUCAGACUUCAAGGGGUCUCCUUACUAUAAAAGCCACAACAAUACAUUUCCACCACAGUGCUGUUUGAACUCUGGAAGCGCAUGCACUAACGGGACAAUCACUGGUUGCUUCCCAAAGAUCCGGAAGCUGAUUGACGAUAACACCGCUGCUAUUGUGGGAGUGGCGCUCGGGAUUGCGGCUCUGGAGUUAUGUGCCAUGGCUGUCUCGAUGAUCCUUUACUGCAGGAUAAAAUCUGAAAGUGUCUAACUACAAAUGA